AUGAGGGGGAGGGGGGGGGCACAGGAGGGCGCGGGGGAGGGAGUGGGGGAGGGUGCGGGGGAGGGUGCGGGGGAGGGUGCGGGGGAGGGUGCGGGGGAGGGAGUGGGGGAGGGCGUGGGGGAGGGUGCGGGGGAGGGGGCUGGGACUGCAGGAGGUGAAGGGGAAUCGCUCCAACGCUCCCCCCUCUUUCCCCCCUCCCCUCCCCCCUCCUCCCCUUCUUCUCCUCCCACUCCCCCCUCCUCCCCCACCUCACCUCCCGAUUCCCCCUCCCCCUCUCCCCGCGCAUCUCCCUCCCCCAGUGCCGCCCGCCUGACGGCCCCAGAUAGCCCCUCCACCAGCGCAGCAUGCACCUCGCGGGUGUCACCCGCCCCAGAUGCCACCUCCCUCACUACCUGGCAUGCCAGCGCGCAGCAGCGGGGGGAGGCGUCUGCUGGUGCAGGUGGUAUGUGGGAUGGUGAGGAGGAGGGCGAGGAAGGAGGGGAGGAGGGUGGGGAGGAGGGAGGGGAGGAGAAGGGGAGGGAGGAGGGGAGAGGCGAGGAGAGGAAGCGGAGGAUGUCCCAUGAGGCACGGUCGAUGAGGAAGUCGUCUUCGUUCAAAGGGGGAUGGGUUGGAAAGGGCAAUGGGUUGGGAGGAAAGGGCAAUGGGUUGGGAGGAGGAAAGGGCAAUGGGUUGGGAGGAAAGGGCAAUGGGUUGGGAGGAAAGGGCAAUGGGUUGGGAGGAAAGGGCAAUGGGUUGGGAGGAAAGGGCAAUGGGUUGGGAGGAAAGGGCAAUGGGUUGGGAGGAAAGGGCAAUGGGUUGGGAGGAAAGGGCAAUGGGUUGGGAGGAAAGGGCAAUGGGUUGGGAGGAAAGGGCAAUGGGUUGGGAGGAAAGGGCAAUGGGUUGGGAGGAAAGGGCAAUGGGUUGGGAGGAAAGGGCAAUGGGUUGGGAGGAAAGGGCAAUGGGUUGGGAGGAAAGGGCAAUGGGUUGGGAGGAAAGGGCAAUGGGUUGGGAGGAAAGGGCAAUGGGUUGGGAGGAAAGGGCAAUGGGUUGGGAGGAAAGGGCAAUGGGUUGGGAGGAAAGGGCAAUGGGUUGGGAGGAAAGGGCAAUGGGUUGGGAGGAAAGGGCAAUGGGUUGGGAGGAAAGGGCAAUGGGUUGGGAGGAAAGGGCAAUGGGUUGGGAGGAAAGGGCAAUGGGUUGGGAGGAAAGGGCAAUGGGUUGGGAGGAAAGGGCAAUGGGUUGGGAGGAAAGGGCAAUGGGUUGGGAGGAAAGGGCAAUGGGUUGGGAGGAAAGGGCAAUGGGUUGGGAGGAAAGGGCAAUGGGUUGGGAGGAAAGGGCAAUGGGUUGGGAGGAAAGGGCAAUGGGUUGGGAGGAAAGGGCAAUGGGUUGGGAGGAAAGGGCAAUGGGUUGGGAGGAAAGGGCAAUGGGUUGGGAGGAAAGGGCAAUGGGUUGGGAGGAAAGGGCAAUGGGUUGGGAGGAAAGGGCAAUGGGUUGGGAGGAAAGGGCAAUGGGUUGGGAGGAAAGGGCAAUGGGUUGGGAGGAAAGGGCAAUGGGUUGGGAGGAAAGGGCAAUGGGUUGGGAGGAAAGGGCAAUGGGUUGGGAGGAAAGGGCAAUGGGUUGGGAGGAAAGGGCAAUGGGUUGGGAGGAAAGGGCAAUGGGUUGGGAGGAAAGGGCAAUGGGUUGGGAGGAAAGGGCAAUGGGUUGGGAGGAAAGGGCAAUGGGUUGGGAGGAAAGGGCAAUGGGUUGGGAGGAAAGGGCAAUGGGUUGGGAGGAAAGGGCAAUGGGUUGGGAGGAAAGGGCAAUGGGUUGGGAGGAAAGGGCAAUGGGUUGGGAGGAAAGGGCAAUGGGUUGGGAGGAAAGGGCAAUGGGUUGGGAGGAAAGGGCAAUGGGUUGGGAGGAAAGGGCAAUGGGUUGGGAGGAAAGGGCAAUGGGUUGGGAGGAAAGGGCAAUGGGUUGGGAGGAAAGGGCAAUGGGUUGGGAGGAAAGGGCAAUGGGUUGGGAGGAAAGGGCAAUGGGUUGGGAGGAAAGGGCAAUGGGUUGGGAGGAAAGGGCAAUGGGUUGGGAGGAAAGGGCAAUGGGUUGGGAGGAAAGGGCAAUGGGUUGGGAGGAAAGGGCAAUGGGUUGGGAGGAAAGGGCAAUGGGUUGGGAGGAAAGGGCAAUGGGUUGGGAGGAAAGGGCAAUGGGUUGGGAGGAAAGGGCAAUGGGUUGGGAGGAAAGGGCAAUGGGUUGGGAGGAAAGGGCAAUGGGUUGGGAGGAAAGGGCAAUGGGUUGGGAGGAAAGGGCAAUGGGUUGGGAGGAAAGGGCAAUGGGUUGGGAGGAAAGGGCAAUGGGUUGGGAGGAAAGGGCAAUGGGUUGGGAGGAAAGGGCAAUGGGUUGGGAGGAAAGGGCAAUGGGUUGGGAGGAAAGGGCAAUGGGUUGGGAGGAAAGGGCAAUGGGUUGGGAGGAAAGGGCAAUGGGUUGGGAGGAAAGGGCAAUGGGUUGGGAGGAAAGGGCAAUGGGUUGGGAGGAAAGGGCAAUGGGUUGGGAGGAAAGGGCAAUGGGUUGGGAGGAAAGGGCAAUGGGUUGGGAGGAAAGGGCAAUGGGUUGGGAGGAAAGGGCAAUGGGUUGGGAGGAAAGGGCAAUGGGUUGGGAGGAAAGGGCAAUGGGUUGGGAGGAAAGGGCAAUGGGUUGGGAGGAAAGGGCAAUGGGUUGGGAGGAAAGGGCAAUGGGUUGGGAGGAAAGGGCAAUGGGUUGGGAGGAAAGGGCAAUGGGUUGGGAGGAAAGGGCAAUGGGUUGGGAGGAAAGGGCAAUGGGUUGGGAGGAAAGGGCAAUGGGUUGGGAGGAAAGGGCAAUGGGUUGGGAGGAAAGGGCAAUGGGUUGGGAGGAAAGGGCAAUGGGUUGGGAGGAAAGGGCAAUGGGUUGGGAGGAAAGGGCAAUGGGUUGGGAGGAAAGGGCAAUGGGUUGGGAGGAAAGGGCAAUGGGUUGGGAGGAAAGGGCAAUGGGUUGGGAGGAAAGGGCAAUGGGUUGGGAGGAAAGGGCAAUGGGUUGGGAGGAAAGGGCAAUGGGUUGGGAGGAAAGGGCAAUGGGUUGGGAGGAAAGGGCAAUGGGUUGGGAGGAAAGGGCAAUGGGUUGGGAGGAAAGGGCAAUGGGUUGGGAGGAAAGGGCAAUGGGUUGGGAGGAAAGGGCAAUGGGUUGGGAGGAAAGGGCAAUGGGUUGGGAGGAAAGGGCAAUGGGUUGGGAGGAAAGGGCAAUGGGUUGGGAGGAAAGGGCAAUGGGUUGGGAGGAAAGGGCAAUGGGUUGGGAGGAAAGGGCAAUGGGUUGGGAGGAAAGGGCAAUGGGUUGGGAGGAAAGGGCAAUGGGUUGGGAGGAAAGGGCAAUGGGUUGGGAGGAAAGGGCAAUGGGUUGGGAGGAAAGGGCAAUGGGUUGGGAGGAAAGGGCAAUGGGUUGGGAGGAAAGGGCAAUGGGUUGGGAGGAAAGGGCAAUGGGUUGGGAGGAAAGGGCAAUGGGUUGGGAGGAAAGGGCAAUGGGUUGGGAGGAAAGGGCAAUGGGUUGGGAGGAAAGGGCAAUGGGUUGGGAGGAAAGGGCAAUGGGUUGGGAGGAAAGGGCAAUGGGUUGGGAGGAAAGGGCAAUGGGUUGGGAGGAAAGGGCAAUGGGUUGGGAGGAAAGGGCAAUGGGUUGGGAGGAAAGGGCAAUGGGUUGGGAGGAAAGGGCAAUGGGUUGGGAGGAAAGGGCAAUGGGUUGGGAGGAAAGGGCAAUGGGUUGGGAGGAAAGGGCAAUGGGUUGGGAGGAAAGGGCAAUGGGUUGGGAGGAAAGGGCAAUGGGUUGGGAGGAAAGGGCAAUGGGUUGGGAGGAAAGGGCAAUGGGUUGGGAGGAAAGGGCAAUGGGUUGGGAGGAAAGGGCAAUGGGUUGGGAGGAAAGGGCAAUGGGUUGGGAGGAAAGGGCAAUGGGUUGGGAGGAAAGGGCAAUGGGUUGGGAGGAAAGGGCAAUGGGUUGGGAGGAAAGGGCAAUGGGUUGGGAGGAAAGGGCAAUGGGUUGGGAGGAAAGGGCAAUGGGUUGGGAGGAAAGGGCAAUGGGUUGGGAGGAAAGGGCAAUGGGUUGGGAGGAAAGGGCAAUGGGUUGGGAGGAAAGGGCAAUGGGUUGGGAGGAAAGGGCAAUGGGUUGGGAGGAAAGGGCAAUGGGUUGGGAGGAAAGGGCAAUGGGUUGGGAGGAAAGGGCAAUGGGUUGGGAGGAAAGGGCAAUGGGUUGGGAGGAAAGGGCAAUGGGUUGGGAGGAAAGGGCAAUGGGUUGGGAGGAAAGGGCAAUGGGUUGGGAGGAAAGGGCAAUGGGUUGGGAGGAAAGGGCAAUGGGUUGGGAGGAAAGGGCAAUGGGUUGGGAGGAAAGGGCAAUGGGUUGGGAGGAAAGGGCAAUGGGUUGGGAGGAAAGGGCAAUGGGUUGGGAGGAAAGGGCAAUGGGUUGGGAGGAAAGGGCAAUGGGUUGGGAGGAAAGGGCAAUGGGUUGGGAGGAAAGGGCAAUGGGUUGGGAGGAAAGGGCAAUGGGUUGGGAGGAAAGGGCAAUGGGUUGGGAGGAAAGGGCAAUGGGUUGGGAGGAAAGGGCAAUGGGUUGGGAGGAAAGGGCAAUGGGUUGGGAGGAAAGGGCAAUGGGUUGGGAGGAAAGGGCAAUGGGUUGGGAGGAAAGGGCAAUGGGUUGGGAGGAAAGGGCAAUGGGUUGGGAGGAAAGGGCAAUGGGUUGGGAGGAAAGGGCAAUGGGUUGGGAGGAAAGGGCAAUGGGUUGGGAGGAAAGGGCAAUGGGUUGGGAGGAAAGGGCAAUGGGUUGGGAGGAAAGGGCAAUGGGUUGGGAGGAAAGGGCAAUGGGUUGGGAGGAAAGGGCAAUGGGUUGGGAGGAAAGGGCAAUGGGUUGGGAGGAAAGGGCAAUGGGUUGGGAGGAAAGGGCAAUGGGUUGGGAGGAAAGGGCAAUGGGUUGGGAGGAAAGGGCAAUGGGUUGGGAGGAAAGGGCAAUGGGUUGGGAGGAAAGGGCAAUGGGUUGGGAGGAAAGGGCAAUGGGUUGGGAGGAAAGGGCAAUGGGUUGGGAGGAAAGGGCAAUGGGUUGGGAGGAAAGGGACGAGAGGAGGGUGUGUGA